AUGACUCUCUUCACGCUCUGCCAGAUGUUUGAUUUGUACAACCAGACCUCAGUUCUCACGCAAACGGCUUCUUCGUCGCCAAACGUCUCUGCUGGAAACGACACCGAGUAUGACGAAGACCUUUCUUUUUCCCUGUUUGACAUUCCUGUCUUGGUGCCUGUGACUGUAAUUUGCAUCCUCUUGUUUUUCUUGGGUGUCGUGGGGAACGUGACCAUUAUCCUCAUUUUUACGAGGUACAAGGAGAUGCGGACCACCGUGAACAUGUAUCUGUCCAGCAUGGCCUUGUCCGAUAGUCUGAUCUUUGUGGGCUUGCCGUCCGACCUGUACCGGAUUUGGAAAUACAGGCCGUACAUCUUUGGCAAUUUCCUCUGCAAGUUUAUCCUUUACCUGAGCGAAACCUGCACUUAUUGCACGAUCCUCCACAUCACGACCUUGAGCGUCGAGAGGUACUUUGCCAUCUGUUUCCCUCUGAAAGCCAAAGCUACCAUCACCAAACGCAGGGUCAAGGGCCUCAUCUUCCUCAUCUGGCUCUGCUCGUCGGUGACCGCCAUUCCCAUCUGGUUCCUCUUCGGCGUAGAGCACCGCGACGGAAGCCUCCCGGAGGAAACGAACGAGUGCAAAUGCAUCGAGCAAGCGGCCCGCUCGGGACUUCUGGAAACCAUGGCCUGGCUUUCCACGCUGUAUUUUUUCCUCCCUGUGUUUUGCCUGGUGCUCCUCUAUGGGCUGAUUUGCAGAAAGCUUUGGAGGACUUCCCACUGCCUGGAAGGGCCCCAGGCUGCAACCAGAGAGAGGUACCACCAACAAACCAUCAAAAUGCUAGCAGGGGUCGUGGUGGCGUUUGUGCUAUGCUGGCUGCCACUGCACGUUGGACGGAUCCUUUUCGCCCAAGGCAGCCUCGUUCUCUACGAACUGAGCCAGUACUUCAACCUCAUCUCGAUGCUGCUCUUUUACCUGGGGGCCUCGAUCAAUCCCAUCCUGUAUAACAUCAUGUCGGAACGGUACAGGAAAGUGGUGUGCAGGUUUCUGAAGCACAGCCGGGGGUGGCCAUCCCGACACUUUGGCAGGAGCGAGAAGACUUCCAGGGAAGGAGCGGAGACCAGUUCGUUCACUGCCAAGUAUUUUUAA